AGUAGAGGGAGUAAUGGUUUGAGUGUUUUGUUUGCAAACAAACACUCAUUUGUCGAGACAUUCAUUGACUGAUCCAUUGAUUUGUUGACAUCACAAGUGGUUUCCCACCGAAGACAUGGAGUUUGCGGAACUGAUAAAGAGUCCCAAAUUGGAUGCCAUUCGAGUGGUGUAUCCGAUCGACAACUCAAUGGAGGCCACGCUUUGCAUCACAAGUCAUCAUCUGAUUGUCUCCUCCAGAACUGAUUCCUCUCAGGAGUUAUGGCUGUUGCACUCCAUGAUAGACAUCGUGGAGCGGAAGCCGAACGUGAACUCCACGGGCGGAACAGUUGUGCUGAAGUGCAAAGACUUUCGGACCAUUGAGUUGGAGAUCAACGGAUGGAUGGAGUUUAACAACGUUUGCAAUUCAAUGGACUGGUUGUCUAACUUAGACGACCCGCGACUCCUAUACCCGCACUUUUACCGAGCGAUCUAUGAUUUGGUCGAAAACGGUUGGAACGCCUUUCAGAUCGAAACCGAAUUCUCGAAUCUUCUCAUGUUUUCCGACGACUGGCGGAUCAGUUAUGUUAACAAAGAUUUCGCUGUCUGUCCCUCAUAUCCCGAGGCAGUGAUUGUUCCCAAACCUAUUGACGACGACUGUCUGAUAGCAAUCGCCUCCUUUCGAUGUUUGGGUCGGUUUCCAGUUCUCAGUUAUUUCCAUAAAUCCGCUAAAACUGUUUUGUUAAGAAGUGGUCAACCGAUGGUCGGAACCAAUUCUAAGAGGUGUAAAGAAGACGAGAAAUUAAUUAAUACAGUAUUGGGUUCUGGAAAACGAGGUUAUAUUAUAGAAACACGGACUCAAAACUUAGCACAAUUGGCCCGAACUAAAGGCGGAGGUUUUGAGCCCGAAGUUCAUUACCCACUUUGGCGUCGCGUUCAUAAACCUAUAGAUAGACACUCGACUCUAUUGGACUCAUUAAGCAAAUUAAUUGAAGCGUGUAAUGACACGAAGGCUUCGAUGGAUAAAUGGUUAUCACGAUUAGAGUCUUGCGGUUGGCUCACGCAUAUCAAGGAUGUACUCAGCAGUGCUUGUCUAGUGGCCCAAUGCAUGGAUCAAGAAUUGGCCUCAGUGUUAGUGCACGGAUCAGAAGGAAUGGAUUCAACACUUCAAGUCUGUUCGUUAACUCAAGUCAUUCUGAACCCCGACUGCCGUACAGUACAUGGCUUUGAAGCGCUGAUAGAGCGCGAGUGGUUACAGGCGGGCCAUCCAUUCGCCACUCGCUGUAAGCACAGCGCGUAUACCAUUCCCAGCGCCCGCACUCGAGAACAGUCGCCAAUAUUUCUAGUAUUUCUGGACUGUGUUUACCAAAUAUUCAAUCAGUUUAAGUGUUCGUUUGAAUUCAAUGAGAAGUUCUUAAUUUAUAUCUUCGAACAAACCUAUGGCUCACAAUUCGGCACUUUUUUGGGCAAUUGUGUCAAAGACAGGAAAGACAUGAAUUUCGCUAAGAAAACAGUCUCUCUUUGGUCUUAUAUCAAUCGACCGGAAAUACUUCAGGAUUUUAUAAACCCGUCGUAUGAACCAAACAGUAAAGUCAUUUGGCCUUCAGUCGCGCCCCAGAGUCUGGAACUGUGGAGCGGUUUAUACCUUCGAUGGGUUGUCCAACAAAACACUUAUGAAAAGGCGUGGAAUCGUUUCGCAGAGAUUAAAGUUAAAGAAAAAGAGCUUAAACUGAAAGCCACACGACUUCGCAGGAAACUUAUUGAUUUGACGGCUAAUAUAGCGAUUAAAGAUGUCUGAAAUAAAUUGUUUUAUAAGUCAUUUGACAACUUAUUAAUGUUUUAAAUUUAUAUUUACUAUAAAUAUAUUAUGUAUAAUAAUAAAUUAUUA